AAACGGGAGCGCAACAACGGCUUGCGGAACUACCUGCCAUAACGCCAAUUACUGCCCCGCGCACCGAUAGAAUUUUGAGCUAGGUUUACGAAGAUGGGGCUAUCAACAACGAUGUCAAGGGCCUUGGCCGUCUACUUUGUUGUCCUGCUGCUCAUAGUCAGCGAUGUCUGGGCCCACAGCUCUUCAGCUUCGAUACCACCCGUUCGCUUCUAUGACUUUCUAGAAAAGGUGUCCAUCAAGAAGAAAGUAUCUGGAAACCUUCAACUAAGCUUCAAGGCCAUAAAUGAGACCUUCACAUUAGAUCUAGAGCCAAAUACAGACCUCCUUCACUCCGACGCCCACGUGCAAUACGCCAGCGACGCCGAACCAAAUUUCAUCGAUCUGCAUCGGAUGGCACGACACGCCUACAAAGGAAAUGUUGUUGGGAAAACGCUGACCGGUGCGAGAAGGGAUGUAGGGUGGGCACGGAUCAUACUCGAUCCAUCUGAAGAGAUCUUUCACGGUUCGUUCGUCGCCGAUGGGCAGAUGUACCACGUCAAGGAGAUUGAGACGUACCACAAAACGAGGCGUUCGGUCGACAUCCAGGUGCCGUCUUCCUCGUCGCGGCAGGAACGACACCGUGCCGCGCGGAUGAUACUGCUACGGGAUCGGGACGAGUCAGCUACCAUCGGGCAAAUACCCGAACUGUCAACCCUAGGGAGACGGGAGGACGGCGGGUUCACAAGCGGAAUCGAAUCGUCAUGUCCGUUCAACCCAAAGGACAACCUCGGUGCCCAACGCAACAUCUCCGACCGUCUCGAACGGUCCCUUGCCGGGUCCCUAACCAAACGCGCACCAGCAGGAUGCCCGACAGCCCGCAAAGUCCUUUUCAUGGCCGUCGCCGCGGACUGCACCUACGUCCGUCUCCACAACGGCAAGGAAAACGCCCUCCAGCAGAUCCUCGAGAACUGGAACACCGCCUCGGGGGUUUACGAACGUUCCUUCAACAUCAACCUCGGUGUCAUCCAGGUCUUUUUGCAGGACGCAUGCACCCCCACCGACCCCGUCCUGAAAUGGAAUCGCGAGUGCAGCGAUAGUUACUCGAUCAACCAGCGCCUGAGCGAUUUCUCGGCCUGGAGGGGACAGAAGGAGAAGGAUGAUGCCGGGUUGUGGCAUCUCAUGACUAACUGCCCCACGGGUCCCUCCGUCGGCGUCGCAUGGCUCAAAACCCUCUGUGAAACGACAACAACGGUGCAAUCCUCGUCUGGCGGCCAACAGUCGGUAUCAGGGACAGGCGUCUCGGCCGCUGUCCAGAUCGAGUGGAAGGUCGUCGCGCAUGAGAUAGGACACAAUUUCGGCGCGUACCAUGAUUGUUCCGGCGCGACGAACCAGUGUCCAUGCACGGACCCGGAAGCGUGUGACUGCUGCCCGUGCACGGAUACGUGUAACUGUAAUGGGCAGUUUAUAAUGCACCCCACGGACUCGUCAAAGACGGAUAACUUCUCGCCGUGCAGUAUCAAUCAGAUUUGUGGCGGGUUUCCGAAAUUUGGGACAUGUCUCAAAGAACCAGGCGCUCUAAAAACAAUUGCAACCGGAAUCUGCGGCAACGGCAUCCGCGAAGGCUCGGAACAAUGCGACUGCGGCACCGCGGCCGACUGUGCCGCCGACCCCUGCUGCGACGUCGGCUGCAAGUUGAAACCCGCCGCCACCUGCUCCGACAAAAACGACGAAUGCUGCGCGUCAUGUAAACUCAAACCGUCCGGUACAACCUGCCGCGCAUCGAGUGGGGAAUGCGACAUCCCCGAAACGUGUAAUGGUGUCAACGCGACGUGUCCGACGGAUACAUUCAAACCGGAUCGGAGCAGUUGUACCACAACAACGGGGAUAAAAGCCCAAUGCGCAAACGGUCAAUGCACUUCGCGGGAUCUACAGUGUAAAUCAGAAGCAGCGGCAUCACUCACGCUCUCGGGCGCGUGCCCGGACCAACAAUCCCAGUGUCAGUUGUUCUGCCAGGCGGGAACCCAGUGCGUCGUUCUCCAAUCCUACUUUGUAGAUGGAACACCCUGCGGGCUCUCUGGGAAGGCGGUUUGCAAAAACGGCGAUUGUACGGGCGGGAAUAUCCUCGACGACGCCCUGGGCUGGAUCAAAACCAACAAAACGGUCGCGAUCCCCAUCCUCGUCAUCGCCGGUUUGCUUAUCCUCUCGAUCCUGUACUCGAUCGUACGGUGCUGUUGCUGUCCCUCGUCGAGACGGCCCCCGAAACAGGUCGUGGGGACAGGGAGACAUGUGCAUGGCCCAACGACGGGCGCGCCGAGCAAUUGGGUCGAGCCCGAGGCGUAUAAUGGACACGCGGUCUCGCCUUCGAAUUCGAGGCCGCCGGCUUAUCGGAGUAGCGGGCGGUAGCCGUCGUGUGUUUGUUGCCCAUACCUUUUUUCCCCCUCUUAUCCGCCCCACCCCCCUCCGCACACCCACCAAGUCACAUUCCCCCUUCCCCCCUCCUACGCUCGCCCCUUUCGCCUCGUUACUUUCAACGCAUUACGGCGUACGCCUACCCCCCCUCCUUCUCUUCGAGAAAUUUUGUAUAUAACGCCCCCCCUUCCCCUUUGUUCGUUUCUAGAAGGACUUGAGUGGUUUCUGACGCCUGCACCCCCAG